UGCUCUAAGUGGACACUACUUGACAUCUUACAUUGAUCUUGUGGGAACCAUUUUAUUUUUGGAAAUGAUUAUCUUAAUCCUAUUAUCAUGUUUUACCAUAAUGGUGUCCGCAGUGCCGGUCUGUCCUUAUGCCCAUGCUACCCCGCUUCCACAGGGAGGAACUGCUGAAGCUCAAGGACUUGCUGAAGCCACUAACCAGCUGCCUGAUGCUCAGACUCCAGCCCCGCUUUCCCCUAAUGUGGGGCAACUACAGCCUUGGGUUCCCCCACAGCCAGGUCCCCAGGUUGGCCCCCAGUUCAUGCUUCCAGCACAACACUACAUCUGGUCUGCACUAGGGGGCAGUCCAGUGAUCAUCCCUCUGCAACCGGGCGUCUACGGAGCUCAGCCUGCAAACCAGCCGGCACUCCCACAGCAGCCUCUGAUCUACCCUUCUUAUAGAUACUUCCCCUAUUUCUCAUCACCCUAUAGCAAUCAACUGUACUCCCCAUAUGGAUUUCCAGUGAUUCCCAAACCACCGCUCCCUCAAACUCCAGCAACUCAGCCUCAGAACUAUGACGUGUUACCUGUACAAACACCUGGAGCCAGUCCAGGAGAGGCACCUCAGCCAGUGCAGCAACAGCAGACUCCCCAAAUUGUGUACCUGCUCCAGCAAGCCAAGGGCUCUGCACUUGGCAGCCUGAGCUCAGAGGAACUCCAGAUGGCAGCCAAAAUGGGUCAGCUGGGAGUGUACCUGACCAACGUGCUCACAAACUCACCGGCAGGAGGCAUUCUGCCUGUGAACCAGGCUGCCGGCCUCGCAAACUCGGAGCAGCAAGGCAUCGGGCCAACUGCGGGGACCCCAGCUGGAAUCCAACAGACACCAGGGCCGGCCAGCUCUGGACCACAGGCGAACACUAACAGCGGCCCUGUAGGUUUGGAGAAAGCAGCACAGGGGGUGGUCACUGCCCAAACACCUGUUCAAGCCAAGCUCCAACCCACAGUGGGUAACCAUGUCUGAGACUGCAGCCACCGGCAGAGAUGACUCAGAACGUACUGAGCAAAAACACAUUACUGAUGAAAUGUGACUAACAGAUGAAGAUUC